AUGGCCUGGAGAGACGCAACCGUCGGCCAAAGCAUCGUCAUGGUCGCCAACGGAGCCAUCCGCGGCGCGCAAGUCGUGACCGGCGUGCUGACCAUCUACCUCUACGUGCACGAGAAAGGAUACUGGCAGGACCAUGGCUUGCCGAGGACGCUCAACUUUGAAAUCGUGCUCGGCUCGCUCGCCAUCGUCACUGGUCUGGCUCUGGGUCUCGUGCCCUUCAAAUUGUCCUACCGCCCCGUCGCGCUCGCUUGCCCGUGGGACCUCGUCAUGUUCUUCUUGUACAGCGCGGCAUUCGGCAUAAUGAGGACCGUCAUCAGCAAGCUCGUCACUGAGACUUUCUGGCACGCGGUUGAAGGUGACAAUGGAUACUUCGUGACUCGCAUGCACGCCAUGCAUGAUAAGGUGUGGAUUGAUCUCGUCGGCAUGCUUCUCUUCCUUGUCAGUGCCAUCAUGGGGGCGGUCUUGCUUUGGGUUGGAAAGAGAAACAGGACCACCGGACGACACCGCGCUUUUUAG